GGAGCUGUACACCACAAGAGGCACUGAGGGACUCGGGAUAACGGGAUGAAGCCGUCAGUGCCCCCAGAAACGAAGCGGCCCCAGACGAAUUUCUGAGUCACCGUCGCGAGAAAGUGGGCUGAGCCGCCAUUUUGAAGCCUGGCAAACCGAAGCAAGAAAUGCUGCCGUGUUGGAUCUUUGCCAGCCAUCGUGCUGAAUAGGAGCAGGUUGGAGGGAGGGAGAGCCAAUAUACACUAUGGGCUGAUUAAGCCCGGUUGGCUGCCAUGUUGUUAACGAGCAUCGAUUUCCUCUACUUUUCUCGAAGAAGUUUAUUGUGGGUCAGGGACGUCAGGUCGCUUGCCUUCGUUUACUGUGGUCAUGAGCAUAUGAGGACAGCCAUUAUUGUUGGGGGCAAAUGGAAAUGCUCUAGGCGGGAAAGCUGAAGCGUUUCUUUCGCCAUUUUUCUUAUGGGCACGCUGUUGUCACCCUUGUCCACUGGUUCGGAUGAAGCCCCUGUGGCCGCCAUCUUGAUCUCGGGCGGCCCCGAUAAGGGAGGCGGAGUGUGCGGAGAGGAGGCGGGGCAACUGCGCGGACGUGACGCAAGGCGCCGCCAUGUCUUUUGAGGGCGGCGACGGCGCCGGGCCGGCCAUGCUGGCUACGGGCACGUGAGUGGAGGCGGCGUUGUGAACCGCGGUGUGGGGAGGAUUUGGCCGUCCUGAGGCAGCGGGGCGCUGGGAGGGCGAGCGGCUCACGGGAGGGGUAUGGCCUGCACAGAUCAGAGGGCAGGGAUCCGCCAGCGACCCUUUCCUGAGCGCUGGAAGGGGGUCGCCCGUGGGAAUCGUCCUGUCAGAACUGAGGCAAAUCCCAGACAGCCUCACCUUGCGGUGUCCAGAGCGCCUGGGAUCUCUACCUGGGCCAUGGACCACGUCCACGGGGUCGGGGGAUGGCUCGGGGGGCCUCGGGGCGCCCCUCACCCGACCAAAGGCGGGACUUCCGGUCAUGUCCUCCUCCUGGGCGGGAUUUCCUGUUUCCUUCCUAGACCAGUGGGUCCUCCCUGGACCCCGGGCGAGGUUGGGAGGUCUCGGGGCAGCUGAGCGUGGCCCCAGGCACUCACCCCCACCCAUGGCUACCGCGUUCAUGCUCGGGUUCCUCACAUCUUGGGGUGUGGGGUACUAAAAUUUCGAUAGGAGGGGUGGUUCCACCCCUCUGCUCCUUAGCUCUUUUCUCUCCUCCCCGCAUCCAAAGAGGACAGCCACAUCGUGCUCCCCCUCCUGUGGGGAACACGUCUCACUUUCCUCUCAUCUCUUCCUGAUCUUAAAUGAAACUCGUCCAUCGGGGCGGGUUCUUCCUCCAUCUCUCAGCUCCUUGGAGGAAACAGGACCUCCUCUAGAAGCUGAAGGGGCGCGGAUGGCGUCGGGGCGCCCCGAGGAGCUGUGGGAGGCCGUGGUGGGGGCCGCUGAGCGCUUCCGGGCCCGGACUGGCACAGAGCUGGUGCUGCUGACUGCGGCCCCACCGCCACCACCCCGCCCGGGCCCCUGUGCCUACGCUGCCCAUGGUCGAGGAGCCCUGGCAGAGGCAGCGCGCCGCUGCCUCCACGACAUCGCACUGGCCCACAGGGCUGCCACUGCUGCUCGGCCUCCUGCGCCCCCACCAGCACCACAGCCACCCAGUCCCACACCCAGCCCACCCCGGCCCACCCUGGCCAGAGAGGACAACGAGGAGGACGAGGAUGAGCCCACAGAGACAGAGGCCUCCGGGGAGCAGCUGGGCAUCAGUGAUAAUGGAGGGCUCUUCGUGAUGGAUGAGGACGCCACCCUCCAGGACCUUCCCCCCUUCUGUGAGUCGGACCCCGAGAGUACAGACGAUGGCAGCCUGAGCGAGGAGACCCCCUCCGGCCCCCCCACCUGCUCAGUGCCCCCAGCCUCAGCCCUACCCACACAGCAGUACGCCAAGUCCCUGCCUGUGUCUGUGCCCGUCUGGGGCUUCAAGGAGAAGAGGACAGAGGCGCGGUCAUCAGAUGAGGAGAAUGGGCCGCCCUCUUCGCCCGACCUGGACCGCAUCGCGGCGAGCAUGCGCGCGCUGGUGUUGCGAGAGGCGGAGGACACCCAGGUCUUCGGGGACCUGCCACGGCCGCGGCUUAACACCAGCGACUUCCAGAAGCUGAAGCGGAAAUAUUGAGGCCCAGGGAGAGAGCGUCCCGGGCCGCGUCCGCCCCGUCCCACACUACGCCCCCGCCCCACUCCCGGGGUCCGCUAAUCUGAGGCCGAUCCGGGACCGGCCUCCUUGCGUCUCCCGUUCCCAGGAUUGACCCGCCUCUGCCAAUCCCCGCCGUCCUUCCAACCCACGACCUCUCGCGCCGAGGAGCGGGAUCUGUCCCGUUUCCCGAUUGGGUCUGUCUCUCCGCCUAGCGACAGAUUCCUUCUAUUAAGGGAUUGGCUCGCUGAGUUCUAAGCUCUAAAUGGGUCAACUCCGUUGUUUUCUGCCUAGCGACAAGGGCUUUGCUCGCAUGGCAUUGGCUCCAUCUCCUAGUUACUGGGCAGCUCUUUUUUUGAUUGGCUCGAGUCCUGUAAAGGGCUUGACCAGUCUCCACAUAGUCACCGUCCGCUUUUCCUGAGUUCUCCCUCCCAAUUGGCUCCAGCUUCCUGGGGGCGUGGCCAAGCCCUCCUCUUCCCAGAACUGGCCCGGGGCCUUCAAUUUACGUUCUUUACACUACGGGGGCUGGGGUCGUCUUUGCCCAAGCCCAAGACAACUUGUUCCCUGAUCCCCUCAGGGAUGGCCCCAAACUGUCCCUGCCUCUGGCACCCCCUUUCAUUGGUUCCAUCCGUCCCCACAACAGCCUGCCAAUCGAAGCUCGUCCCUGCAUCCAGGAUGGUACCAGCUCCCACCCCUCGCCCCCCACCUCCACAGGUGCCUUAAAGGGCCCUCGUCCACCCAAGGUGGGGGGCAGGGGCCCUCACUCUCCGGCCCUGGUGUUGGGGAGAGAGUGAGGGGUUGGGGGAUCGGCAGUUGGGAAGGGCGCUCUGAGAUUAAAGAGUUUUACCUCUGACAGAUAAA